CAUUUGUAGUCGUCUGCUAACAAACUGUUUACAUUAAAAAGCUGUUUUCGACGCGAAUAAGUUAGUCCAUUAUUUUAACCGAAUUAUUGGGUGUUCAAUUGUUUGUCUUGUACUGAGUUGAUUUUAUAUCGUGUUAAAAAUGGCUGAUGAUGCGUUGUUUGAUUUUCUACAUAUGGAAAUCGUCAGUCAUGUAACAAAAUCCGAUCCUGGUCUACUUCAAGAUGGAGAUGAAGCCAUGUCCAAAUUAGAACAAAUUGGUUAUUCCACUGGUUAUCGAUUCAUAGAAAGGCUAACCAAGGAUUUAUCAAGGUUCAAGGAUGAGUUAGAGGUGAUGAAAGCCAUUUGUAAGGACUUUUGGAGUGCCGUUUUUAAAAAGCAAGUUGACAACCUUAGAACUAAUCAUCAAGGAGUAUAUGUGCUCCAAGACAACAAGUUCAGGUUCCUUGCAUCAAUAUCUAACAGCAGGCAGUAUCUAGAGUUAGCACCAAAGUAUUUAGUUUUUACUUGUGGUUUGCUGAGAGGUGCUUUGGCUUCCUUAGGACUUACCUGCAUUGUAACUGCUGAAGUGACAACAAUGCCAGCUUGCAAGUUCCAAGUCCAUCUUCAAAGAGCUUAAUCAACUGAAUUGAUUUCACACUUCUUUUUUUUAUUUUUUAUCUUGUUUAAUAAAUCAUAUACACAACAAGAA